AUUCUAUAUUCUUUUGUCCCUCAUCUUCCAUUAUUUCAUCAAGUAUUGCUUGACUAACGUGCUGCGUAAUCUUGUUUUAGAAUUCACUCCCUUUUUAGAAUUCACAUAAUUUCUUCGGAGUGACAGAUUGCUGUUCUCCACGUCAAUUCAAAAUGGUUUCUCUAAAUCCAGUACGGAUCCUCAAAAAUGAAGCCGGGGAGGAAAAAGCUGAGAUAGCCAGAUUGAGCUUGUUUGUCGGAGCUAUUGCUAUUGGAGAUCUUGUAAAGUCUACUCUUGGUCCUAAGGGUAUGGACAAGAUACUUGUUGCUCAUGGUAGAUCCGCAGGACAAGUACAAGUUACCAAUGAUGGUGCUACUAUACUCAAGAGUGUUGGUGUGGAUAAUCCUGCUGCCAAAAUUUUGGUAGAUAUGUCACGUGUACAAGAUGAUGAAGUAGGAGAUGGUACUACUUCAGUCACUGUUUUUGCUGCUGAACUUUUACGAGAAGCUGAAAAGCUUAUUGACCAAAAGAUACAUCCGCAGACAAUUAUUUCUGGUUGGAGAAAUGCUGUGAAUGUAGCAAGAGAGGCUCUAAAGAAUGCUGCUGCAGACAAUUCUGGGGAUCCUGAACAUUUUCGCGAGGAUUUGAUGAAUAUUGCGCGUACAACAUUGAGCUCAAAGAUCUUGUCUCAGCACAAGGAACACUUCAGCAAACUUGCGGUAGAUGCAGUAUUACGACUUAAAGGUUCCAGCAAUUUAUCUGCGAUACAAGUUAUAAAGAAACGUGGUGCGACACUUGCUGACUCAUUCUUGGAUGAAGGUUUCUUGUUAGACAAGAAGCCUGGUGUUCAUCAACCGCAGAAAGUUUCUGAUGCACGCAUACUUAUUGCUAAUACAUCUAUGGAUACAGACAAGAUCAAAGUAUUUGGUUCCAGAGUGCGUGUGGACUCGAUGGCAAAAAUUGCAGAAUUGGAAGCUGCAGAAAAAGAGAAGAUGAAGGACAAAGUUGACAAAAUCGUGAAACAUGGAUGCAACGUCUUUAUCAAUAGACAAUUGAUUUACAAUUAUCCGGAGCAAUUGUUCGCCGAUGCUGGUGUUAUGGCGAUUGAACACGCUGACUUCGACGGUAUUGAGAGACUAGCGCUCGUUACUGGCGGAGAAAUAGUCAGCACCUUCGAUAAUCCGGAUGCGGUGAGACUCGGAAAGUGCGAGCUCAUCGAACAGGUCAUGAUAGGCGAAGAUACGCUUUUGAGAUUCUCCGGAGUCCCGUUGGGAGAAGCGUGCACCGUCAUCAUUCGCGGCGCAACCCAACAGAUCAUCGAUGAGGCCGAGAGAUCUCUGCAUGACGCGCUCUGUGUCUUGGCCGCUACAGUGCGCGAAUCGAGGAUAGUUUACGGUGGCGGGUGCAGCGAGAUGAUCAUGGCCUGCGCCGUGAUGCGCGCGGCUGCAGCUACUCCGGGCAAAGAGGCGGUCGCCAUGGAGGCAUUCGCCCGGGCGUUGCAACAGCUACCGACUGUUAUCGCGGACAAUGCUGGCUUUGACUCUGCCCAGCUGGUCAGUGAGCUAAGAGCCGCACAUAAUUCUGGCGGUAACACUAUGGGAUUAGAUAUGGAAACUGGCAAACUUGGUUGUAUGAAACGACUGGGAAUUACCGAAUCGUGGGUGGUGAAGAGACAGGUUCUCUUGAGCGCGGCCGAAGCGGCCGAGAUGAUACUGCGCGUGGAUGAUAUCUUGCGCGCGGCUCCUAGGAAACGCGUACAAGACAGAGGACGUUGUUAAUCUACUACAAGAAAAAAAAAAAAA